AUGCCUCCUCGCAAGUCCGACGUCAGGGCAUCCACCCCUGUUGCUGCCGCGGAGACCUCUCCUCCAGCAAAACCCCAACAAGAGAAAAAGGAGAAAGACAAGGAAAAGGAUAUCCAGAAGGCAAAGGGAGAGGAUGCUAUCACAAUUGAGGACCUGAAUCUCCCGAAAUCAAUAAUAACAAGAUUGGCAAAGGGAACCCUCCCCCCUAACACGCAGAUUCAAGGGAAUGCGAUCUUGGCACUGAGCAAGAGCGCCACUGUCUUUAUCAGCUAUUUAGCUUCACAUGCCAAUGAAAACACUGUCGCUGCCGGCAAAAAGACCAUCUCCCCAGCCGACGUUUUCAAGGCAUUAGACGACACCGAGUUUUCUUUUCUGAAAGAGCCUCUUGAGGCCGAAUUUGCCAAAUUCACUGCCGUACAAGCUGAAAAACGCACCACUUACCGCCAAAAAGUUCGCGCCACCAAGCCCAGCUCCGGUGAUGGCGGCGGCGACGACACUGAAAUGGCCGACACAACUGUAGCCUCGGAAGAGGCAUCUACUUCAUCCGGCCCACGCGCCAAAAAGGCUCGUGUCGAUCCUUCUGCUGCAGCAGCGGAGGACGAAGAGAUUGAUGCGAUUGUCGAUGACGAUGAAGUCGACGAGGAUGACGAUGGGGACGAAGAAGCUCACGAUGACGAUGAUGGCGAGGAGGAUGAUGAAGAAGAAGAAGCUGGUGAUGAGGAUGAAGAUGAGGAGCGAGAGGCUAGUGGCGAUGAGACGCAAGAUGCGCUGGAAGAGAGGAGGAGUAGAGAUGAUGUAGAGGACGAGGCCUUGGAGGGAGAUGAAAGUGAUUAA